AUGGAACCAAACCCUCAACAACAACAACUAAUGCAAGCACAACAUGCUCCAAUUGCCAAUGGAGUGGUUGGCGAGCAAGGACAAUUUACAGAUUUUCAAUCAGGUGAUCCAUCCGACUCACCACCACCACCAGAGGAAGACAACGAUUGUCCCAAGGUAGAGAAGAAGGCUGGUCGCAGAAAGAUCAAUAUCGAGUUUAUCAACGAAAAGUCGAGACGUCAUAUUACAUUUAGCAAGCGUAAAACGGGUAUCAUGAAAAAGGCAUUUGAACUCAGCACACUGACUGGCACACAAGUUUUGUUGUUGGUGGCCUCUGAGACUGGCCACGUCUAUACCUUUGCCACGCCAAAGCUGCAGCCACUCAUCACCAAGCCCGAAGGAAAACAACUCAUCCAAACCUGUCUAAAUGCACCCGAUACUCCAUCCGAAUCUCAAUAUCCAACAGCUACUACUACGACACCUACUAACGGUUCCAGUAAUGGAAAUAAUUAUCAAGAAGAAAAAUCAAGACCUAUAUCUGUAAAGGUUGAAAAAAAUCAACCAAUAUUAAAUGCCGUACAACAAGCACAACAAGAAAUACAACAAGCACAACAACAACAAGCCGCACACCAACAAGCACAACAACAAGCUGCACAACAACAAGCUGCUCAGCAACAAGCCGCCGCACAACAACAACAACAACAACAACAACAACAACAACAACAACAACAACAACAAUCAUCGCAAUCCAGAGCUUACAACGUAGCACCAAUACAGACACAACCCAUACAAUCGAUACAGCAACAAGUUGGUGCACCAAAUUUAGUGGGAUACCCAGUGGCCCCACCCCCCGAAGUAUUACUAUAUCAGCAACAACAAGGUAAAAUGUCAAUGACCUCCCAACCCCAAAUAUUAUCCAACCAAGCCAUACAACCAACCACCCCAACCAGCGGUUCACUCCUCACCUCCAUCCCAACAUCGUCGUCACCUGGAAGCACUACACCCAACAACUAUUUACCAUCCUUUUCUCCAUAUCCUACUUCUUCCCCAAGUUACGCAUCAAAUGUAUACUCUCCAUCCAACCAACAACAACAACCACAAUACCAACAACAACAACCACAACAACAACAAAGAUAUACUAAUUCAAAUAUUCCACAGCUCAACGGAAUGUCGUCACCAUCUAAAGAUACUUAUACGAAUUAA